GAAAAGCUUUGAGACGACACAGCUGCUCACCAGUCAGCAGCAGACUUCAAGCUGCACACACACAGCGAGCCUCCACUCCACACGAUGCCCUCUCCAAUCCCCGUGACCCGCCUGCUGCCCAAAGAUAUCCUCCCGAGCCUGGACUUCGGGACCUGCAGCAGUCCGCUAACCAAGUACUCCUUCGGUACCACCUUACAAGUCCCGGUUCAGAGACUCCACGGCAAAGUUGCCAGCCGGCUCUGGUCCACUGUGAUACACUGGAAGGAACUGCGCGCCCUGCAGCCUGUGGGUUCCGGAGGGUUCGGCUCCGUCUAUAAGGCAGAGUACCUCGGGGACACCGUCGCGCUGAAGAGAGUCAAGAAGUGCACGAAGAACAAGCUGGCGUCCCGGCAGAGCUUCUGGGCCGAGCUGAACGCAGCACACCUGCGCCACCGAAACAUCGUGCGCGUCAUCGCGGCGACCACCUGCGUACCGUCGGAUUUUGGAGACGAAAGCAGCAUUGGAACAAUACUGAUGGAGUUUGUGGGGAACAUGAAUCUGCAGCAGGUCAUUUACGGGUGUGCAGAGCCGCUGGGGGAGGACAGGUGGCUCCGGUACUCUACAGACAUUGUCCGCGGCUUGCGGUUCCUUCACUCCCACAGCGUUGUGCAUCUGGACAUAAAACCAGCCAACGUAUUGGUGUCCAGUGAAGACGUCUGCAAAAUUGCAGAUUUCGGCUGUUCUCUCAAACUGGAAGAUGGAUGUGAAGUGAGCUCCAUCAGCCCCCAUCUGAGCCACGUUGGCGGCACGUACACGCACAGAGCUCCGGAACUGCUGAAGGGCGAGGGGCUGACUCCUAAAGCGGAUAUCUUUUCUUUCGGGAUCACCUUGUGGCAGCUGAUCACCAGAGAGCAGCCAUACACCGGUGACCGGCAGCACGUGCUCUACGCGGUUGUGGCGCACAGCCUGCGUCCAUCUGUUCAGGACCAUCCGGUGUUUCGGUCGGAAAAGGGGCAGCUGUGUAGGACUUUGCUGAGCCGGUGCUGGAGCGCAGAGGGCCGCUGCAGACCCAGUGCCGAGGAGCUGCUGCCUCAUCUGGAGCAGCUGCGCUCCCAGGUGUGACUGAGUUUUCUAACUGGUGCACAGAUGUGCUGACAGCUGUGGGUAUCAUUACAUGGACAUGUUUUGCAGAUUUACUAUUGGUGUCUUGAAAAAAAGGCAGAUCACUCCUUAGUUUAAAGCAAACCAUCUUUGACUGAAGGAGUUGGUCUACAUACUUGUGUCCUUAUUUCAACUUCAUGGCAGAAGUUCUUGACUUGAUGAGAGAAAAUCAACUUUUUAAAAGUACGUUGUAGAGUCACUGUCGGUUAAAGUCAAGGCUACAAUUAGUCAGAACACUGCAUAUUACUGGUCCCUCUAAAUACAAACUAAUGUUUUAAAGUUCAUUUAGUCCUGCACUGCAUAACACUUCAUUGUUUCAUUUGACAACUCAAACAAUCCACUAAGUUACUGUGAGAGUUUUGUUUUAGCAAGUUUUCUUAAAAUAUGGAAUCAGUGUUUGAGUUUUACUUGCCAUGCUGAGAUUGUAUUGUGAGAUUUAAGUGUGAUUAAGUUUCAUUAAAAUUAUUUUUAUACUA